AUGGAGAGCGACAAUCUGAAGCAAUACCAACAGGCUUGCAUUGUUCCAACUACAAAGCUGAAGAAAAAGCCAUCAGACAUGCUGCACAUACCAUCACAGACAAAGUCAAUAUCACAAUUCCAGUUGUUUUCCUUACAGAUGCUCUUGUCUGUAUUACAGGGCUUGACAAACAACAAGCUACCAUCACUAGAACAGGCGCUAUUUAACAUUCAAAGUCGCAUAACAGUGCUACAAUGGAUCCCUUCGCACUGUGGAGUCUAUGGUAAUGAACAAGCUGACAUUCUCGCAAAACAAGGUGCUGGACAACAACAGGAGGAAACCCCAGUCUGCCUUGCAGAGAUGAAAACCAUAAUCAAAUCUCUGUACAGAAAAUCCAAACAUCAAGACAGUUACCACCAUCUGUCGAGACCUGAACAAACCGUCAUAUUCAGACUGAGGACAGGACACAAUAGACUAAACAAACAUCUGAACAGAGUGAUGAAAGUGGUACCAUCCCGAAUGUGUCCCUGUGGUGAGGCAGAACAAGAUACAACACAUAUUCUACAGACAUGCAAGAACCAUCAGACAUUGAGAUAA